AGCCGUGAAUGCAGCAGGGCAAGUAGUCGUGGUGGAUGCAAUCUAUUGGCUUCUCAGUGCUGCCGCUAAAGUCACAACCCUGACUGUAGCCCGCACUGCCUCUACCAGUGUAUUUCUGUAGCUGCUGCUGCUGCUCUCCCUCCCCCUUAAAUGGUGUGGGCAGAGUGGGAUGGAAGACUGCAUUGGAAACCUUUUCAUGGAAAUGGUCUUUGCUGUUGGUAUUGCUGUAGCACCAUUCUGGUGACAACAACAUGCCGUUGAAAUGGAAAAGCGGUUCUCCUGUCAGCUGGAAAUUCCCAGUGCCAGUUCUUAAGACAUCCAGGUCCUCACCCCUUUCGCCUGCAUACAUAUCCCUCGUGGAGGACGACGACGCUCACAUGAAAGUUGCUCUGGGCUAUGGUGAUAUGGGCAUCUCUGCUCACCUUCAAGCAUCAAAGACUGGAAACACUCGAUUCUUCACAAGCAACACGCACAGCUCAGUUGUUCUUCAGGGAUUCGACCAGCUGAGGAUAGAGGGUCUGCUAUGUGACGUCACGCUUGUAGCUGGGGAUGGCGAUGAAGCUUUCCCCGUACACCGCGCCAUGAUGGCCUCCUCCUCCGACUAUUUCAAAGCCAUGUUCACAGGUGGAAUGAAAGAACAGGAUUUAAUGUGCAUCAAGCUUCACGGUGUUAACCGAAUAGGCCUGAAGAAGAUCAUUGACUUUAUCUACACAGCCAAGUUGUCGCUCAACAUGGAGAACCUGCAGGACACACUCGAGGCAGCCAGCUUCUUACAAAUCCUUCCUGUGCUGGACUUCUGCAAGGUCUUUCUUAUAUCUGGGGUUUCUCUCGACAAUUGUGUAGAGGUGGGCCGCAUUGCCAACACAUAUAACCUCACAGAGGUGGACAAAUAUGUCAACAAUUUCAUCCUGAAGAACUUCCCCUCGCUUCUGGGCACGGGAGAGUUUGUCAAGCUACCGUUUGAACGACUGGCUUUUGUACUAUCCAGUAACAGCUUGAAACACUGCACUGAAUUGGACCUGUUCAAGGCUGCGUGCCGCUGGCUACGCUACGAAGAUGGUCGUAUGGACUAUGCCCCUAAGCUCAUGAAGAACAUCCGCUUUCCCCUCAUGAACCCACAGGAGCUCAUCAAUCACGUGCAGACAGUGGACUUUAUGCGCACGGACAACACCUGUGUCAAUCUUCUCCUGGAAGCUAGCAACUACCAAAUGAUGCCCUACAUGCAGCCAGUUAUGCAGUCAGAACGGACAGCCAUCCGCUCGGACAGUGCCCACCUGGUCACCCUGGGUGGUGUUCUGCGCCAGCAGCUAGUUGUGAGUAAGGAGCUGCGUCUGUUUGAUGAGAAGGCUCAUGAGUGGAAGGCGCUGGCACCCAUGGAUGCACCCCGCUACCAACACGGCAUUGCAGUCAUUGGCAACUUUCUCUAUGUGGUGGGUGGCCAAAGCAACUACGACACCAAAGGCAAGACAGCAGUGGACACCGUGUUCCGGUACGACCCUCGCUACAACAAGUGGAUCCAGGUGGCAUGCCUUAAUGAGAAACGUACCUUCUUCCACCUCAGUGCACUCAAGGGACACCUCUAUGCUGUUGGUGGAAGAAACGCUGCCGGGGAGCUUGCUACUGUGGAGUGCUACAACCCAAGGACAAAUGAAUGGACAUAUGUUGCCAAAAUGAAUGAGCCACAUUAUGGCCAUGCUGGGACAGUGUACGGCGGUUAUAUGUAUAUUUCAGGGGGGAUCACUCAUGACACUUUUCAGAAGGAGUUGAUGUGCUUUGACCCAGAUGCAGAUAAAUGGACUCAGAAAGCACCCAUGACGACAGUGCGUGGCCUGCACUGCAUGUGCACAGUGGGGGACCGCCUUUAUGUGAUCGGGGGCAAUCACUUCCGGGGCACCAGCGACUACGACGACGUGCUGAGCUGCGAGUACUACUCCCCCGCCCUCGACUUAUGGACACCUAUUGCCGCCAUGUUGCGGGGCCAGAGCGACGUGGGCGUGGCCGUGUUUGAGAAUAAGAUCUAUGUGGUGGGGGGCUACUCGUGGAACAAUCGCUGCAUGGUGGAAAUAGUACAGAAGUAUGACCCCGAGAAAGAUGAAUGGCACAAAGUGUUUGACUUACCUGAGUCGCUGGGCGGGAUCCGAGCCUGCACACUCACAGUUUUUCCCCCCGAGGAUAUUUCGGGCUCACCCUCCAGAGAGUCGCCCCUCUCAGCACCUUGAUGAGUAAACGGGGGGAGCCCACUUUGCUCAUACCCCCGUGACCCCCCCCACCCCCACCCCACCCCCAACCCCCUCAACAAACACACCUUAUAGACAUUGUUUGCACUUCCUCUUUGGACUACAUCUGUACUGCAUCCCCAAGUAUCCCCUCCACCUCCACCUCCCCUCAAGCUGUGCAGAAACCCCUCCCUAAGUGGUUAAACCUACAUACCGAUACGGUUUGGCAACCUAAUUACAUGUUAAUGUUGCAUACUCGGUAUAUUUUGGCAGGAAAUAACCUUGACUUGAAAAGUGACUUUGCAAAUCAACUUUUCUACCUGAUGUCCACAGUUUUCUUAUGUCUGGUUUCUUUAGGCGUUCUACCUUGAGAUGCUGACUACCACACUGACUCUCUCUUCUAGUCUAUGCCAGGUUAGAUGCAGGUGACCCCUCCAGAGAGCAGAAGUGUAAGGAGAGAUGAGCUCCAAAACACAGUUGGUUUUUAACUCAGGGGUUGGCCCAGGCCCCAAUCAACGUCUCUCUCUUACAGUUUCAGUUCUUUCCUGCUAUUGCUAUGAAACUGUUAACAAAAUGGUGUUUUCUAAAUUUAAUAAACAUGAUUUUGAAAGUAAUUAAA